ACAUUGUGGGGUGGAAUAGACCUGUUUAGUCGAUUAGCUUAGUAGAGAUUGCUUUGGUUGCUCCCCGAUGAACGUUAAUCAGAGGUCUAGACCCAACCCGGCGGGUGAGGAGGUCUCCGAGUCAGGUGAGUCAGGGAUCUUGAACGAGCGGAUACUCAUGCUUGUGUUCGAGUCCAUCAAUUGGGAUCCGCACCUGCUAUGUCGCACGGCGUGUGUAAGUCGAAAGCUUCACGCGUUGGCAAAGCGUCUAUUGUGGAGACAGCUCUGCAUAUCGCGAGCGCCGCGUAUGGCGGUCACAUUGGUGAACGGCCUGCCGAACGGUCAUCAAGUCGGAGGUGGGUGGCACGUGUUAGCGAAGCUACUCUUCUUCUGCGGUGGGUGCGAGUCGAGCCGGCAUUUCCGAGUCAACCGGUCAUUACCGGGUCACUUCUCGAAGACUUCCCGGUUUUCGAAGACGUCCGGUCGGAGCUUCUUGACGAAGAAAUGUAGAGAGGAUUUGCUGUACGUGAGUGAUCCUUGCGAGCAUCCAAUGGAAGGUCACCAGGAGGAUUUGGGGGUUUAUAGAGGGGUAUUUCGGGGAUUUAGGAGAUCGAAGACUAGGGAUUGUUUGAUCGGACGGCGAGUGGAGCUUGAAGAGGGGGUUCGUUGUCCUUACUGUGGCGCACGCGUUUGGAGUAUGACGACGGCUAGGCUUGUGCCGAAGAGCGCGUGGAGGAGACUUGGAUCCCAUGAUGGAGCGUUGGAGUAUUUCGUGUGCGUGAAUGGGCACUUGCACGGCUUCUGCUGGCUUGCGCCUCUAUCGUCCGAUGAAGACAAUGAAGACGAUGAUCAUGAAGUGGACGACAACAGCGAUGAUGGGUUCCACCAGGGUGUUGGUUAUCAGAUGGAUAUAGAAGGUCUGGCGGAAGGGAGAUCGAUAUCGAGUUCUAGCGGGGAGAAGUUCGAGGAUGGACCCACUAAAGUUUGAUUGGUUUGGCCAUCGGGGACCUUUCAGUUUUACUUGAUGCAGCCGUUUUUUAUUGGUGGACAUCGUAGACUGUAGGUCCCACAUCCUAACACUGACGAAGUCGUAGUUUUACUUCAUUAUUUUUGGUCUACAAUACACAUCACUAACAACCUGUGGGUUCCACAUUCCAUGUUGGAGUGCAUCUGACAAGGUACCAGUGACGUGGAGUAUGCUGACGUGGCAAAUCUACAUUUGGAUUUAGACAGAAUGCUAGAUUUGUUUUAACACACAACAUAGAAGGUCGAUCAUGGAAAGCAGAAAGCUUGUAGAAUGUGGCUAGCUGCUGUGAGUGUGUGGGGCGUGCGUUUUUCUUCUUUUUUUUUUUUUUUUUUUGGGUAGAAUGGGUGUGUUUUCUUGUAUAUGUGUGUUUUUUUGUUUAAAUUAAUCUUAUGUCUUUGUUUUCAGAAA